AUGUCUUUAGCUGUCGAGGUUUCCAAGAGGCUGGCACGGUAUCACCAGCUGAUCACCGGCGCCCUCUUUGUGGCGGCCUUGAUUGUGCUGGCCAUCUUCCCAAGCUUCGACCGAAGGACAGAAAUCGAGGAGCAUGGCUUGAUCGCUGGCUAUGCCAGCAGCGCUUUCGACCAGCAGUGGCAGGCCAGGCUACAUGCCUGCAUCAAGGGCAUUGAGGCACAGAAAGAUCUUCCCACUGCCAUCGAUACCUCACUCAGAGAGGCUGGGUUGGAAGCCUAUCACCUCAACUUCUCCAGCCCAUUGGGUCAGCGAUCUCUGACGUACACCCUGGCAGAAUCACGCCGAGCCGAUUCCCGCGAGUCCUUGGUGUUGGUCAUCGCUUCCAACUGGACUUCCAGCAAGGCACCAGCCAAAUUCUCCUGGGGUGUUGGUAUCGGAGUCACUUUGGCACGGUACCUGAGGACGGUCCACUGGCUCUCUCGCGACGUCUUCGUGGUCUUCCUGGACAUAGACCUGGCCUAUGGCGCGUCGGCACGGGCAUGGCUCCAGAACUACCUCGGGGGGCUUUCGGAGCUGCGCCGCGGGGUGCUGCGACAGGCUGUGGUACUACAGAUCAAAAACGGCGCCACCUCCCUACUCUUGGAUGUGGAGGGGAUCAACGGCAUGGUGCCCAACCAGGAUCUGGUGAACAGCUACUCUGUCUCUGCUCGGGAUAAAGGCGGCCUGCUGCUGCGGCAUCGCGACGCCUGGGAAUCGGUCCUGCACCAUGCCAGGAACGGUGGCGUGCACAGCAGUCAUGCACCCUUUCUGGAGCUUCAGGUGCCAGCUUUCACCAUUCGAGGUGUGAACAAGAAGGGUGAUCGAGGGAACAUGAAUUUGGAUGGCCUGACCAUGUCCAUUGAGGGUCUCUUGAGGUGUAUGAGUAAUGCCUUGCAGCAGCUACAUCAUUCCUUCAACUUCUAUUUCUUCACUGGACCCAGCAGCCACAUCUCCAACGGGUUUUACCUCUAUCCGGUCUUUGCGAUGCAGUCGCUUCUCAUCAGUUUCCUGGGGACAGCUCCUGCCUACCGGGACAUCCGCUCCUUGCUGGUGGGUUUGGGCUCAGUCUUUGCCAUCAGCGCAGCUUCGGGGAGUGCUAUGCUAGUGAUGGCGAUGGGUGAAGCAGAGAGGUCAGGAUCUGAGGGCUUACUCUGUGUGCGACGACCGCAGCUGCAGGAGGCAGACCGUCGGAAGCUGGCCCAAAGCUGGCUGGCAGUAGGCGGUGCUGUUGCCGCCUGCGCCGCCCUGGCGUUGCGGCGCUAUGCCUUCGCGGUGUACUCUGAGGAAGGUGCCAAAUUGAAGGGCGUUCAAUUGCCAUGUCCUCUUUGGGAAGCUGUGCGUGUGGCCAGUGGUUUCGCGCUCCUGGCAGUUUUGGCACCCGUGACGAUCUACUCCUGGUCGCUGGCCGUGCCGUUGACGAUCCUUUGUGUACCUUCGUUGGUGAUGGUCAGGCCCAUGAAUUUGAGAAAAAGGCCCUUCAGAUCGCUCUGUUUGUUCGUCUUCUUGGCAGGCAACGCGUUCCUCCUGUUUGUUCAUCCAACUGUGCGGUCUUCGGCUUUGAGCCACUUGGAACAACUUCCGGUAAGUAUCUCGCGCUUCUACGAGAUGACCAUCGUGCCAUCAGUGCCGCGAAAUGCACAGAAAUUCUUGCCAUGGCAACUGGUGCAGUGGCUGCAACAGGGACAACUGGCGCAAGCCUUGUCCUCGGACUUGCUGGUGGGGCUUUAUGAGGCUGCUCGGGAUUACAAGUGCGUUGGCGGAAUGCUUUUCCCUAUUUUCUGCUUCGCAUACUGGCCGUUCCUCAUGUUGAUCCUUUUGAUCGCAGGAGUGCUUCCUGCCCAACGAGUAGAGGAUGAUGCCUUGUCGCUGUCCCAAUUGAGGCUUCAGAUUCUCCUAGUCAUCUCACUGCUGAUGGCCGGUGUGGCCGGCGGGGUCCUUUGGAGGUCCUACUCCUCGCAUGGCUUGGGUGAGCUUCAAUGGAUGUGCACCAAAGAUCAUCGUGUCAUCCGCGGCAAGGCUUCAAAGUAUCAAGUGUUGCUGGUCAAAGAGCUGCUGCUGCCAGAGUCAGUGAUUCCUCCCUCAUUGAGUCGUAAUUCUACGGAGAAGAGAUUCUGGGUGUCUUUGCUCCGGCAAGCCUCAGCAACAACAGAAUGCGAAGACAUACAGCAGAAUUCAACUGGCAUCGACGAUCAGAAACAGCGGGUUCCUGAGGAUCUUCGUUUCCGAGGGAAGGCAGAUACUGACGACUCCGCGCAAAGUCGUGGAUUUGAAAAGACUGAGUCGGGCUUGCAGUACAAGGUGGUGAAGAGCAAUCCUGCAGGAGAGAGGCCGGGACCUACAACCACAUGCAGGUGCCAUUACCGCGGCACAUUGACGGAUGGCACCGAGUUUGACAGCUCGUACGAUCGAGGGCCAAUUCUUUUCAGGCCGGACCAGGUGGUUCCUGGCUGGUCUGAAGCUUUGCAGCUCAUGCGACAGGGAGAGAAGUGGGAGAUCAUUUUGCCAAGCCAUUUAGCUUAUGGAGAACGAGGGGUCGGUCCUAUUCCGCCCAAUGCCACGCUGAUGUUUGAGUUGGAGUUGCUGGAGGUUGGUGCUGAUUCAGGCGGCUCCUUCUUCUCCAUGAUGACUCUCGGUGCGCUCUUGGCCUUGGGCUUGCUGCUCUUCUUGGUGAUUUGGCUCACCGGGAGCAAAGGGGUGCCUCCGGGUCCGGUGACUCCUUUGGCUAGCCUGGUGCACGCCAAAGGGAACCCCCACGUCUUCUUGGACUUGGAGGCUGGUGGGAAAGCCCUGGGCCGCAUCGAGUUUGAGCUCUUCAAAGAUGUGGCUCCGAUGGCCGUGGAGAAUUUCCGCGCUCUUUGCACUGGUGAAAAAGGUCCCGGGCUCAGUGAGACCCCGCGACAUUUCAAGGGCUCGCCACUGCAUAGGAUCAUUCCAGGAUUCAUGGCACAGGGCGGUGACAUCACGCAUGGCAACGGAAGAGGCGGCGAGAGCAUUUACGGCAAGACCUUUCGAGACGAAUGGGAACACGGUAUUGUGCAUCAUACCGAGCCUGGUUUGCUCUCCAUGGCCAACCGCGGCCGGAAUAGCAAUGGGUCCCAGUUCUUCAUCACCUUUGCCGCAACUCCGUGGUUGGACGGGAAGCAUGUGGUCUUUGGCCGGGUGCUGUUCGGCAUGGACAUUGUCAAGGAACUUGAGAAGAGAGGCUCCAGGUCUGGUACACCCACCGAAGAGAUCAGGGUUGUGGAUAGUGGUGAGCUUGGUGUGGAUGGCAAGGCCACAGCCACAGAUGGCACAGCUGGCACAGCUGGCCCGAGCCUGGCGGAUGACAUUUGAGCGGC